AGGACCCAUCUAAAAAAGAGAGGGACAGAGAGGGGAGAUAGAGGGAGGAACAGAACCAGAGAUACGAGAGAGGCAGAGAGAAAGGGGAGGGAGCAAAGAGGGUUACCUCAUCUAGAGCUGCUAGUGCACACGGUGCAGGGGAGAAGUUGUGGGAAAGUAAACAGCAGAGGAGAAUUCCUAUCUGUUUUCAGCCACUUGCAGCCCUCGAAGGAGACUAUAAAGAUGAGUGUGCUGGACCCAGCAGCGUGGUAAAAACUGAGAGUUUAUGGGAGGUUACCAGGAUUAAAGGGUCACCAGGGAGUGCCUGAAGCUUCUCGGAGGACACACUACUGAGGACAAGGAGGGAUUAUGUCUACUGUGAUGUCUCAGCAACCGCCAAAGGAGGAUGAAGAGGAGGAAGAUGAGGAGCAAGGGGAAGAGUUUUUGUUUGAGGACAGUACGGAUGAGGAGAAAGUUCAGGAGGACAGCAAAGGGAUAGGCUCUGACUCUGUUAGAUCUGACCAAAUGUCACAAACAGGCGCAGACAGCACACAACUCCUCAGAACUUCGCCUCCUGCUGGACAGGAGGGCAUUCCCACCAAGGAUGGAGCUUCAAUUUCUACUGCAGAUGUUCCAGUUAAUGAGUCACCCAGCUGGGCCUCAGCAGCAGCAGCCGAGCCCAGUACCUCAGCUCCUUGUGUGGGAGAGGAGCUCCAGGGGCUUCCUGUGGUGCUGUCAGCUGUGGAGACGCCGGUUGAUUCAGGAGAUCACAGCAAAGAAAUUGUCAAGGAAGGCUCCGGCUCAAGGGACAUCUCUGAAGCUUUAUGUGUGGCUGAAGCUGAGCCACAGACAGUGGAGGCUUCAGAGGUGAUCUAUGAUGAUGUUCCAAGUGAGGACCCCCUCUCUCCUGAUGAAGCAGAUAUGAUCUAUGAAGAUGUUCAGAGAGACAGUGGUCCUCUGGAUGCAGACAACAGAUGGAGCUCCAGUGAGUUUGAAAGCUAUGACGAGCAGUCUGAUAACGAGACCAAACUACCAACACGGAGCAAGCUCUCUCCUGAAGUGCGUCGGCUGAGGGAACGAUGUGCCAAGACCAAACGUGAACUGGCCAUGAGGCUGUCUGGCAAGCACAACUAUGACAUCAAGGUUCAGCAGCUCAUGAAGGCGGCGAGAAGUGGAACGAAGGAUGGGCUUGAAAAGACCAAAAUAGCCGUCAUGCGAAAAGUUUCCUUCCUGCAGAGAAAAGAUCAAUUGGAAGAGGAGGAUGAUGCAGGAUACCUGGAUGUGGCUGUGUCAGAAGAGAAGCAUCCUCCUCCACAGCUGAGCCCCAUGCCAGAGGGGCUGACCAACCACCAGGUUGUCAGACGCCAUAUCCUCGGCUCCAUCAUUCAGAGCGAGCGGAGCUACCUGGAGUCUCUCAGGAGAAUCUUGCAGGAAUACCACAGACCAUUGAUGGAAGCUGAUCCACGUAUCCUGAGUCCAAGGAAGAUCCGGCCUAUAUUUUACCGAAUCAGGGAGAUCACACAGUGCCACUCCAUGUUUCAGAUUGCACUGGCGUCCCGUGUGGCUGAAUGGGACUGCAGUGAGAAAAUCGGAGACUUAUUUGUUGCCUCGUUUUCCAAGUCCAUGGUGCUGGAUGUAUACAGUGAUUACGUGAACAACUUCACCAAUGCCAUGGCUCUUAUUAAAAAGGCGUGCAUGUCCAAACCAGCUUUUCUGGAAUUCUUAAAGAAGAAGCAGGCAUCUAGUGUUGACCGGAUCACUCUGUAUGGCCUGAUGGUUAAGCCCAUUCAACGAUUCCCUCAGUUCAUAUUGCUCCUGCAGGACAUGCUUAAGAAUACACCGAAGGGCCAUGUGGAUCGCUUGCCCCUGCAGCUUGCUCUGACAGAGCUGGAGAUGCUGGCUGAGAAGCUGAAUGAACAGAAACGAGUAGCUGACCAGAUUGCAGAGACUCAACAACUAGCCCGCAGCGUCAGUGAUCGCCUGCUCAGUAAGCAACUGAACUCGGAGCAGGGGUCACUGGUCCUUUGUGAGACGCUUAUUGAGACUGUGUAUGGCGAGCGGGGACAAGUCCUGAAGUCAAAGGAGAGAAAGGUCUUCCUCUUUGAUGAUGUACUCAUCUGUGCCAACAUAAAUGUCAAGGGGCCUCCGGAUAUCAGCAGCCUGGUCCCUGUCGGCCCCAAGUACACCAUAAAGUGGAGCGCCCCCUUACAGCAGGUGCAAGUAGUAGAGGUGGGGCAGGAGGGCUCUCAAAGCAAAGACACCUUCUUCCACCCGAGUGGGGCCAAGCGGCCAAGUGGUGUCUGCACUUCAGGUAAAGCGAUCCUUGGCCCUCCACGGCUCUACCAGGAGCUGCAGGAACUGCAACAUGACCUUUCUGUCGUGGAGGAGGUCACUCUCCUUGUGGGCACGCUGCAGGGGAUGUACCAGAACCUGAACACCACUGUGGCCCAGGACUGGUGUCUGGCUCUGCAAAGGCUUAUUCGCAUCAAAGAAGAACAGAUCCAGAGUGCUAACAAAUGUCGCUUACGCCUGCAGGUGCCUGGCAGGCCAGACAAGUCAGGACGUCCUGUCAGUUUCAUGGUGGUCCUCAACACUCCCAACCCCCUUAGUAAGAUCUCCUGGGUCAACCGUCUGCACUUGGCCAAGAUUGCACUGCGAGAGGAGAAUUCACCAGGCUGGUUAUGUGGAGAGGACGAAGGGAAGACAAUGGCCCCGUUUUGGUGUCCUCUGCUUGCCUGUCACAUGCCUGUCUUUGCUACCAAGUCACCAGAGAGAAAGCUUGAAGCUGCCCUCCACAAUCCUGUUCACUGUGCAUUGUUGGGUUUCUCUGCAGCGAGCACCUCCUUACCUCAAGGCUACCUCUGGGUGGCUGGCGGAGAAGGUUCUCAGUGGCAGAUAGAGAUAUUUUCCCUCAACAGGCCCAUGCCAAGAGCUGUAAAGAGCCUGCAGGUCGUCUCUGCUGUCCGAUGCCUGGAAUAUGUGCCAGAACCUUCUCCAACUGAGGAAGUGGAGGCUGGAGUUCACAAGGCCCCCUCAGGGACCGGUGCCAACAUUUGUGUUGGAUUAGAUGAUGGGCGCAUACUGGUCUACGGCAGUGUGGACACUGCAGCACAAUGCCUCUUGACCCUCCAUAACCCAGAGGGCUGCCCUGUGCUGUGCCUGAAGCACUCCUCUCGCUUCCUGUUUGCAGGCCUGCGGAACGGAACCAUGAUGGUUUAUGGAAGAAGUAACAAUGAUGAACUUUGGGACCCUGACUCCUGCAGAUGUGUUAGCCUGGGCUUAGAACCAGUGCGGACACUGUUGGUGUUAGAUGACUCAGUGUGGGCAAGCUGCGGGAACUCUGUCACAGUGAUGGACAUCUCCAGCCUCACCACUCAGAAAUUUGAAGUCCAUCCAGACCCAAUGGUCAGCGUUGCACACAUGGCAUGUGCCGGUGGAGGGGUGUGGAUGGCAUUCUCUGAGGGUUCCUCCAUUCGUCUCUUUCAUACUGAAACACUGGAGCUUCUGCAGGAAAUCAACAUCUCAACACGCUCAACGCUGCUGAACACUGGUCAAAAGAGCAUGCGAGUCACAAGUCUCCUAAUUUGCCAGGGGCUGUUAUGGGUGGGCACUGCCCAAGGCUUAAUUAUCACUCUUCCAGUUCCCAAACUGGAGGGCAUCACCAAAAUAACAGGAAAGGGAAUGAUAUCUCUAAAUGCCCAUUGUGGACCCGUGGACUUCCUGGUAGCCACCACCAGCACUCUGUCUCCUGAACUGCUGAAGAGGGAUUCUGUCGGGGAUGGCCCAGACUCUGCCUGUGGAGGCGAGGACCGCAGCGACACCUCCUCUCAGGAGUCCCUGCAACAGUCCAGCUCCUACCACGGGGAGGGGAGAGGCAAAGGACGCGGCGUUCUGCUGCAGUACAAGCUGCGCUCUACAUCGGGACUACCUGGACGACCAUUAACGGCGCUGGGUGACGAGGCUUCGGACUCCUCCCUGGAGUCUUUGGAGCAUAGCGUGGAAGAUGGAUCUAUCUAUGAGCUCAGUGAUGACCCAGAAAUGUGGGUUCGGGGACGUCCUUGUGAGAGCGACGGGGGACGCAGGGACAGGGUGAUCUCUGCAGCAGUUAUCUCUGGAGGCAAGGGCUUCCGUAGACUGAAGGAAGGAGCAGCAGCAGGUGCUAGGACAAGUGGGGAUGGUUUAGAGAAUAUUCUUAUGGUAUGGCAACUUCCACUGACAGUGUGAUAUGGAAAAUAUGUGGCAAGGUGUAUUUAUAGAUGUCUACCCAGCCUUGAAUCACCUUUUCCAUACAUUCAGGGGUUUGAAUAUAUGAUGAGAAGGUUACAGAGCUUGACAUCUUAUGAUUUAGCCUGUGGAAUAAGGAAGCUAAGACAUGCUGUUUACUAGAGGUACUGUCAGCCCAUAGGAUGAUUUGAAUGAUAAGGGUUGUGUGUCAUAAUUUUCCCAGCAGUGGCAGAGGCCGCCACAGAUUAUUUCCAUUGCGAUUUUUUUGAUGUGGUUAUUCUUCCUGCCUUAGUUAAGACUAAUAUGCCUCAAUUUAACCUCAUCAUUGCUGUGUGUGCUCUGCCACAUUUAUUUUAUGUGAAGGACUUCUGUGUGAGCACCCAUGGACAGCAAGCCUUUGAGAGGCAGUCUUUGUUGAAUCUGCCAUUCUCUGCAGAGUAAGAGAUGGACAUCUUUUAUCUGAUCCUGUGGGAGAGAUCCCAUCUGUUUAGAGCAGAAAGCUGGGGACUUCUACCGCAUCACAAAGCACAUUAGCAUCACUUUAUUAGCUUUGCCAGCCUUUCUCUCAUCCCAUACAAUGUGAAUGUACGAUACCUUCUAUUGUGUCUCAAAAUUGAAUUUGUGCUCUCUUAAAAAAGAAAGAAUGACAUUUUUCCUGUUUUGUUGCAGCUGUUGCAAAAAAAUGUUACAAAAAAUGACUUGCUUCCAAGAGCUUGCCAUGCCUCUGUUGUUAGUGCAGACUGGCUGAAAAACUGAUUUGGAAAACAAAACUUAUUAGAGUCAAAGAGGUUAUUGCUCUACAUUACAGAAUCUAUAUUUGCACUGUAGAAAUCCGGUAAUUAUUGCAGAUUUAUUCGAGGAAAAGAAACUUCUAGGUGCCACAUUUUAGAGUAUUAUCUUGCCCAAGCACCUGUUUCAUUAUUCACUGUCAUCUACUAGCUAGAUAAAACAAAUGUGCGCACACGGUUGUUAAUACACAACUCACAUUAGCUGGAAACCCCAGUUACACAUCAAAAGCAAAACUCUAUAAACCAAUGACGAAAUAAAAGUGCCGCAGCCAUCCAAACUGCUAAUGGCUAUGUAUAAACAGAGGGAACCUACCUAAGAGAGGCACCAAUGAGCAUGUUUACAUGCACAUUAAUUUUCAAUAAUAUACAACAUGAUUCUGAUUAAAGAUGGUGUUUUACAAUACAUAGCAUACGACUGUAUUACAGUUAAAAGGCACUGAGGUAUAUAAUCUGUGAUAUUAGCCACAUCAUGUAAACCUUGUCCCAUCAACACUUUUGCUUCUGUUUUCAUCUUAUUUUGCUGGUAUGAGAAGCACUCACUGGUGCUGUGUGAAGGACUAUUGAAAUUGGCAUCUAUCUUGCAGACAAAACCAAGAAGUACAUGCUUUACAGUGCACAUUUUUCACAGUGUGUGGACACAGUAGGUGGAGGCCACGCAAGUAUCCACCUAAAAAAAUAUAGCUUUGUGGAUUUUCAAUAAACCGAGCAAUGGUGAGGGUUAUGGUAUAUACCGCCACCUCCACCUAUAUCUCUAUUUAGCCCUUCCACCACACAUGGAUUCUCAUCUUAACCCUUCAUCACAGGAUAAAGUUCAUGUUUUGUAUUUCCCCGAGGCACAUUGAGGUUUAUUUUCCCUUUUCUUCUCCUCCUCAACUGAAAUUCAGAAGCAUUUAAACAUCCUGCUGUCAGCCAGAAUCAUUCAAAAUAAAAGAUGAUGUAAAAUGUUCUUGGAUGCUGUCAUCUAAAUGUAAAUCUCAACGACAUGUCAGAAAUGUAAACUCUAUUUCAUGUGAGAUUCAAUGCUGCUGGAGCCACAAUGCCCUAAUGGUCACUAUUGAGGUUGUUCAUCCAACCUGUGCCAGAGGAUGAGUGUGUAUUGCUGCUUGAGUAGCCUGAUUAAAUAUACCAUUCCCUUGCAAAAGCUGCCAUAGAGUUGGCAUUGUUGAACUGUUUAUCAUUUAACAACUGAGAGUUAAUCUCAAAAGUAUAGUGACCUUUGAUGAACAUUGACUCACAUUUAAUUAGCUUACACUACAUAUGUACAGGUAUUAUCCAUGCACUGAAUAUUAAUACUUAUGAAUUUACGUACUGUAAUACUAAUUAGAACUGUACUAAUUAAACCUACAGUAUAUUGCCUUCUGUAAAGAGGAGUCUGCAACAGUGUUGAUGUUUUAGAUGAGACUGUAUAAGGCACAGUCUAUGCAUUUUAUUUUCCUGUGUUAAAGGAUCACUUCCAUUUAUUACAAGUUGGAUCUUAUGUUUUAGGUUUGGCCUUAUCAGUUAUGAAAACAUGUGCUCCACAAGUGCAUUGCUGAGAUCUGGGAACAUGACAUCACUAAAAAGAAGCCUGGUGACAUAAGAAACAUAAACAGUUACAUUGAUCACACAUGUUUUAAACAAACACCCUGGAUAGCCAGACUUAUUUGGAAGAAAAAACUGGAAAACAUUCAAUUGUAAAUAAGCAUCCGCCACCGUUUACAGACCAUCUUCCAAGCUCAAGUUUGACCUACCAUGCUUAGUGUAGUCGUGCAAACACAGUUUUCCUGUGCAAUGAGGCAUUACUGCUGACAUAAUGGGUGCAUUCAUCUUUAGUUUUACCAUCUACAACUGUCGGCUUGUUUGCAACCUCUGUGAUCAUCUGAUCAUCAGCUCAUUUCUUGAUCUGGCAGACUGUUGAAGCGAUGUUGCUAUGGUCCCAUAUAUCAGCGAUUACACAAUUACAAUAAGUGAUUCAAAUGAUGGCCAAACCUACAAAAGUAAGGUUGCAAAAGUAAAGUAAUAAACCGGAAUUAUCCUUUAAGCAAAAGUAUUACACAUAAUGCCGUCACAGGCAUAUGGAAACACAGUGCUCAUUUCCCUUUACUGUUCCCAAUAAUGUUACAUGUCUGAACAAUGUCUAACAAGCUUGAAUUAAAAACAUCUUCAAAGAUGA